GUGCUUCUCACCAUCUUUAGUAGAUUUGCCGAAUCAAGUCUCUAAACUAAAACAGUCUGCGACUUCUUCACCUAUCUCUUUCUCUCUCUCUCUCUUCUAGAAAGGCCAUGAAAGGACAGAACAAAAGCUCAACAUCUUCUUGUAACAUCCAUCCAGUAGAGUUUAUUGAAGGUGUGUGUCCUCUUUGUCUUAACGAGAGGCUUCUGGUCUUGGCUUCUCUUCAGAGACUACGCCCUCCAUCUCCUCCUUCCUACCAAACCAUCGAAGAACCGAAAACCAUCCUUCAAAAUUCUUCUAGAAAGAAACCCAUUAGAAUCUUCUCCUUCCUUAGUUUCUUCGAACUCCGACAUCACAAGUCUGAUCACAAAAAUAUCUCCAUUAUCAGUCCAGAAGAUUCAUUCAUUUCGAUCAACUUCGAAGACAACAGAGCAACUUCAUGGGAGAAAGGAAAAGAAAGAUCUCAGCUUAAACAAUGCAAGACUUCAUGGGAUCGUCAAUACCAACAUGUCAUGGUCCACACGAAGAAGGAGAUUAUUCCUCAGUCCAUGCCACAUCCUCUGACGUGGAGGAAACGGAUUCGCCGACUCUUACACGUCAUCAGUUUCAAGAGCCGGUCUCGAGCAUGCCACUUGUCCGCCAAAGUUAAAGGUGAAGAUGACUUGAGUAGAAGUUGGUUAAGGCCUUUGUCCCCGACCAACAAGAAACUCUAAAAUCAAUUACUUUUCAAAAU